CGCGUCCUCCAUCGCCGCUGCUGCGCGGCUGGUGACGUCACCCUCUAAACACCGAGCGCAGGUAGCUCGCGUGUAAACAAUAACAGAGGGGAGGAGAGCGUGGAGGACUCGGAGGAGCUCGGGACCAAACAAAUGCUACAUCCCUCUGCAUUGGCCAAAAGCGGAGUUUGUCGCAACACAUUUUACAGGAAUGGCAUGUCUUAUGGCAGCCUUUUCAGUCAACAAUACUACAGUGACCAACUCCAUCAUAAUGAAUACAAAUGGACCUCCCGAUCUCAUGCUCGACCCUAGAACCGUGUGCGUGUCCAUUGAUGAAAUGAUCUCCAACCAUGUCAGCAGUCAGCAGACGCCUCUGUUACACGGACACCUGAAGAAAGUAGAGAACAAUCUGACCGAAGCCCAGCGCUUUUCAUAUCUCCCCCGCAGACCCGCAGUCAACAUCGAAUUCAAAGACCUCUCGUACUCAGUUCCUGAAGGACCAUGGUGGAGAAAAAAAGGUUACAAGACCCUUCUGAAAGGGAUCUCUGGGAACUUCACCAGCGGUGCUUUGGUGGCCAUCAUGGGACCCUCAGGAGCCGGGAAGUCGACCUUAAUGAACAUUCUAGCAGGUUAUAGAGAAACAGGGAUGAAGGGGGAGAUCCUGAUUAACGGGCAGCCCAGAGAUCUGCGGUCUUUCAGGAAAGUGUCCUGCUACAUCAUGCAGGAUGACAUGUUACUGCCACACCUCACUGUACAGGAAGCAAUGAUGGUAUCAGCUAAUCUCAAACUCCAGGAAAAGGAUGAAGGCAGACGUGAAAUGGUUCAGGAAAUCCUGACUGCACUCGGUUUGUUAGAAUGUGCCAAGACACGCACAUCUAACCUGUCUGGGGGCCAGAGGAAACGUUUGGCCAUCGCCCUGGAGCUUGUUAACAACCCACCCGUCAUGUUUUUUGAUGAGCCCACAAGUGGGCUGGACAGCUCAUCCUGCUUCCAGGUGGUGUCUCUGAUGAAGGCUCUUGCUCAAGGUGGUCGAACAGUCAUAUGCACAAUUCACCAACCCAGCGCAAAAGUGUUUGAACUCUUCGAUAAGCUGUAUGUUCUCAGUCAAGGCCAGUGUAUUUACAGAGGAAGAGUAUUAAGUUUAAUCCCGUAUCUCAGAGAACUGGGACUCAGUUGUCCCACCUAUCACAACCCCGCAGACUUCAUAAUGGAGGUGGCCUCAGGUGAAUACGGUGACCAGACGGCUCGGCUGGUGAAGGCUGUUCAGGAGUGCAAGUGUGAGAAAGACUACAAAAGUGAAAUGAAUGGAAACGGGGUCCAUAAUCCCUUCCUGUGGCAUAGACCAUCGGAUGAGGACUCAUCAUCCUCAGAGGGUUGCCAUAGUUUUUCUGCCAGCUGCCUGACGCAGUUCUGCAUCCUUUUCAAAAGAACUUUUCUUAGCAUCAUGAGAGAUUCGGUGUUGACUCACUUGCGCAUUAUGUCUCAUCUUGGGAUUGGAAUUCUGAUCGGUCUCUUAUACCUGGGCAUUGGCAACGAGGCCAAGAAGGUCCUUAGCAAUUCCGGGUUUCUGUUCUUCUCGAUGUUGUUUCUCAUGUUUGCAGCUUUGAUGCCCACCGUUCUUACCUUUCCUCUUGAGAUGGGUGUCUUUUUAAGAGAACAUCUAAAUUACUGGUACAGCCUAAAGGCAUACUACUUGGCCAAAACAAUGGCGGACGUCCCAUUUCAGAUUGUGUUCCCUGUGGCCUACUGCAGUAUAGUAUACUGGAUGACAUCUCAACCUUCAGAUGCAGUUCGUUUUAUUCUUUUCCUGGCUUUAGGGACACUCACGUCACUGGUUGCCCAGUCAUUGGGACUGCUGAUAGGAGCAGCAUCCACGUCAUUACAAGUAGCAACUUUUGUUGGUCCUGUGACAGCCAUCCCUGUGCUGCUGUUUUCAGGAUUCUUUGUCAGUUUUGACACUAUUCCAAAAUACCUCCAAUGGAUAUCAUACAUUUCCUAUGUCAGAUAUGGUUUUGAAGGAGUCAUUCUGUCCAUCUAUGGGCUUGACCGUGAGGACCUGCACUGCGACAAAGAUGAGACAUGCCACUUCCAGAAGUCAGAAGCCAUUUUGAAGGAGCUGGAUGUUGAGGAUGCAAAGCUCUACCUGGACUUUAUUGUGCUGGGCAUCUUCUUUGUAUCGCUCCGUCUGAUCGCCUACUUUGUCCUCCGAUACAAGAUCAGUGCUGAGAGGUAGACAUGUGGAAGAUGUGAUGGAGAGAGUACUGUCGAAACUUUCCUGCCCAGGGAGGGCUAGGCUGAGAAAGCCAAAGCAGAGAGGGUAUGUUCCCUCCAUCGCCAUGUUUUCCCACACUGGACAGAAACCUGGGCUCAACUUGAAGUCACAGUAUGUAGAUGUCCAGCUUUUGCGUGCUUUUAUAAGAAAACAAAGAGCUUAGAACGCAACAAUUUUGGGGCUCAACUAAACAUCUGUAUGGAUAGAGAGAGAAACAUGGCUGUGCUGAAGAAAACUCGUAGUAACCGAUGAAAGACAUUCACAGGAGCAGUUCUGAUUUUGACUGAAAAAGUAAUAUGCUGUUUUACAUGAUCACAUUGGAGAGCUGGAAUCUGGCCCUUGUGAAAAAGAAGCAGGUUUAACUGUAUUGUAUGCACUUUUAGUGUACUUCAAAUCUUAAAAGUACAUUAAAAAAAAAAAAAAAAAACUACACUUGCAGAUAUUACAAUAUUAAUGAAAUAAAAUGCCACUUAAGAGAGUACAUUUUUAUGACUGUUUCUUAAUACAUUUAAGUAUACUUUUAAAAAGUGCACUUUGUAAUCAUGUCAAAUUAAAAGUCUUAGUUUAAUGUGAAGUACUUGAUUAUAAUUUAAAUUGUAGUGUGUUAUUUUAUAUUAAGGAUAAUAUUUUAAAUGUGCAAAUAUACAAAUACAUUUAAAAACAUGACAUGCGAGUUUUAAUUGAAACCACAUGCACAUACCAUACAUGCUUGUCACUACAUUCAGCAAUAAACUUAACUCAUAUGUCAAAGACAGCAGAAGUAAUUAAAUAUAAAGAUGUAAGAUAUAAAGACUAAAUAUAAAGUCUAACUUAAGUAGGUCAAAAUACACUCGAAAGUUCAGAUAAUUACAUUUAAUAUAAAUUUACACAAAUGCAUUUUCAUUUAAUUGCAAUAAACAUGCAAUUAAUUGUCCAAAAAAUACAUUUGGUUUGCAAAUGUAUUUUUUUUAAUAAAUUGUUUCCUUAAGAAGUACUAUUUUUAAAAGUAUGCUAAAUGUGCUUCUUUUUCACAAGGGUGUCCAGGUUGAGCACAUAGACGUAGAUUGUUUUUGCUCCCAUUUAUGGUCUGAUGUACAAUGAUUAAUUGCUGGUCUACCUGACAUUCCUUCUACACUACUGGAAAGCUCUUAUUCUGUCAGUAAUGGCUGCUGCUCUUGUACUGGAAUGAUAACUUGAAAAACUUGUGUAUAGUGUGUAACUGGCAUUCAAGCUCAUAAGAGGAACAAAUAAAACUGUAGUAUGCACAUACUAUGAUCGUUAAUAUAACACUCCGAAGGAGAACUAAAAGCCCAAGAUGACUGGAUCCAUUAUAAUGAAAAAGGGAAAAAUGCAUCAGAUCCUAAUAGUGUGUAAUUUCUGUACCACUAGUGUCACCAAACACAACUGCAAAAAUAAUGACAGUUUUAAAAAAAGGUUUUUUGAACACUCCCCCUUGUCAUUGAUUGAGCAAACAGAGUCCCGCCCUCACUCACAGAUGUUGAAAAAACAAGCGUAAAGCCAUGGAUAGAGCUUGCUGAAUAAUGUGGCAUGUGGUGACGUUUAAUUCAUGCUGACAUUUCGGGUGUUUAUGUGGGGUCAUCUGGGUUUAUCUGGGAUAGGAUUUAUUUUCUGAUUAAAAGUACACGCAUCAGCUUUAAGCUCCAUACAGCAUGUUUGGAAAAUUGGUCAGUGGAGUUUAAUGACUUUCGCUUGUGUUUACGGGGCCACAUUAUGCACAGUAUGCCUGAUAAACCAUCCUCAUAUGAAGAUAAGACUUUUGGCAGCUGUUGCAAAAUGCAUGACUUUUAUUUGUUAAUUGAAAUGUACACAUAGCAAAAAAAGUAUUCUAAAACAAUGACUGGAUUUCAUCACAAACUCAAAGUUGGCAAACCAUACAAUUUUCUUCCUACAUUCAAAAAUUUCUUUUUGAUUUACAAGUUCACGUUUACUCUUAUAAAAUGCCUUUGAUUUUCCUGAAUUAUUGAUUCGAAGGUCAUAUAAGUAAUCACAGAGGAUCUCACACACCUCCAUGUGGCAUUUAUCAACUAAAUAUGUUUUAUCCACAUUAAAGGGUCAUUGAUUUAUGCUUUAUUCUUUGUUGACAUCUAUGCACAGAUUUUAUGCUUUGUGGUUAUGAGACAAUCAAAAAAUUACGUAGUUGCAAAUUCAAAAGUAAAAAUGUGACAAAACUGAAGCAGAAUGUUAUUUAUUAUCUGUGUUCUUUGUAUUAAUGUUCAUUUUGCAUAUGUUUAGUGACCUCUGAGCUGUAGGUCCCCAGAGCAUUAUUCACUAAACAUUGCAGGCACAAUGUGAAUGCUGAGCUUUAACUCAAGUGUUAUGACCAUUAUAACCAUACCAAACCUUUGCUGUGGACCUUGAUGUGGAAAUUGAUGCAAUCUGUACUUUGAAGCAUCUUUGAUAGAUAUAUUACCUCUAUUCUGUUAGUUUCUGUUUCUACUUAGAAUGUAGAGCAUAUUUUUGUUU